CAUGGUGCAUUUUACUACCGAGGAGAAGGCUGCUGUUGCUAGUCUGUGGGCCAAAGUGAAUGUGGAGGUGGUCGGCGGUGAGAGCCUGGCAAGGCUCUUGAUCGUCUACCCAUGGACCCAGAGGUUCUUUGACAGUUUUGGUAACUUAUGCUCUGAGUCUGCCAUAAUGGGCAACCCCAAGGUCAAGGCCCACGGCAGGAAGGUGCUGAACUCCUUUGGAAAUGCAAUUAAGCACAUGGAUGAUCUCAAGGGCACCUUUGCAGAUCUAAGCGAGCUGCACUGUGACAAGUUGCACGUGGAUCCCGAGAACUUCAGGCUCCUAGGAAACAUGAUAUUGAUUGUCUUGGCAACCCACUUCAGCAAGGAAUUUACCCCGCAGAUGCAGGCUGCCUGGCAGAAGCUGACAAACGCUGUGGCUAAUGCUCUGGCCCACAAGUACCACUAGUUGCCUGGCCUACCAUGCUGGUGCCUAUCUGAAGGCCCAGUGUCCCAGAAGUUCAUCUCCUGAAGACAGAGGGAGAGAGCUUUCUGCAGACAUAUAACUCCAAUAUAAUACAAAUGAAAUAAAAGUCAUGGUCUAUAA